AUGGCCAGUCCCAACGGAUCCUCCUAUUCACACGAUGUCAAGGGCGCUUCGUCCUCCGACAUCGCCGCACCUCCGAGCAAUGCCGUCGCCACAGCUGGCCCUGCCGUCACCUCCGACUCCGCCCCGCAGACCGCUCCAGCAGGUCGAGGUCAAGGCAAAAUUCACCUCUCCAAGGAUUUCAUCGAACAGGCCGACGCCGAGCUCCUCGCCGCCCUCGGAUACAAGCAGGAGUUCAAACGUGAAUUCUCUUCCAUCGAAGUCUUUGGUAUCGCCUUCUCCAUCAUGGGUGUUGCUCCCUCGAUCGCAUCCACCCUCCUCUACUCUCUGCCCAGCGGUGGACCGGUGAGCAUGGUGUGGGGUUGGUUGAUCGGAUGUUUCUUCAUUGCGUUCACCGGAUUGGCGUUGGGAGAUUUGGCCAGUUCGAUGCCUACCUCGGGUGGCUUGUAUUACUGGACGUACGUGCUUUCGAGCAAGCGGUACAGGAAGUUUCUCUGUUGGACGGUCGGGUAUGCCAACACGUUGUCGACUACCAGUGCCGUCGCUAGUAUCGACUGGAGUGUGGCUAUCAUGAUCCUCGCCGCGGUUUCGGUGGGGACUGAUGGUAGAUACGUCCCCACGGAUGCUCAGACCUACGGUGUGUAUUUGGGAGUUCUGCUGCUGCACGCCCUCCUGACUUCGAUCGGAACCCGCGCACUUGCACGAUUCCAAACCAUCGCAACCGUCCUCUGCGCCGGUCUCGCCAUCGCCAUCUGCAUCGUCCUCGGCACCACCACCCCCUCGGAGUACCGCAACACCGCGUCUUUCGCCUUCACCGGCUUUUACAACGAGACUGGCUGGUCGUCCGUGGGAGCCUUCUUCCUGGCAUUCAUGACGCCCGCCUGGACCGUCGCAUCGUACGACUCGUGCGUCCACAUCUCCGAAGAAGCCUCCAAUGCGGCGAAAGCCGUGCCCAUGGGAAUCUUUUUCUCGAUUGUCUCCUCCGGCAUCCUCGGUCUCGGCAUCAUGAUCGCCCUCACCUUCAACAUGGGCACCGACCUCGCCCCCAUCGUCAACAGCGACUACGGUCAACCCAUGGCCACCAUCAUCCUCAACUCGUGCGGCAAGACCGGCUUCAUGGUCAUCUGGGUCUUCAUGAUCAUCGUCAACUUUAUGAUGGGUGCGAGCAUGAACCUGGCAUCCUCCCGACAGAUCUUCGCUUUCAGUCGUGAUGGUGCACUUCCUUUUUCGAACUGGGUGUACCGGAUCAACAGUUACACCUUGACUCCGGUGAACAGCGCUUGGUGGUCAGCCGCGUGUUCGGCGGUGUUCUGUCUGUUGGGACUGGUGAAUGCUGUUGCCGUGGGUGCGGUGUUCUCGCUUUCCGUGAUCGGCGCGAGCAUCGCGUACACCAUUCCAAUCGUGGCGCGGUUGAUGUCUCCCGAAAAAUUCACCCCAGGCGUCUGGUAUCUGGGUGACUUUUGGAGCAAAACCGUCGCAUGGAUCGCAGCCAUCUGGUUGAUCUUCAUCAGCGUCAUCGUUUGCUUGCCGAGCUACAUCCCCGUAACAGGUGCGGCGGAUAUGAACUACGCUUGCGUAGUCACCGGUGCCACGUUCAUCUUCAGCACCGCCUGGUACUACUGCCCCAAGUACGGCGGCGUCAACUGGUUCGAGGGUCCCAAGAGCAACAUCGAUGAUGAGGAAGUGGCCGCGGUGGAGGUGGCGCACCAGUUGCAAGAGGAGGAGGACAGGAAGAAGGCAAAGAGUCAACAGGAGGAGUUGAACCAGACCGUAGAGGUGGAUGAUUUCAAAGAGUGA